UGAUGAUGCCGACGUAGCAAUGCCUAAAAUUGGUGCUGUGGAGGAAUUCCAAGGAGAGGAAGGCGAUGUAAUAAUAAUUUCAACAGUGAGAUUAGAUAAGGAGCAUGUACUUAACGAUGUGCGCCUUUCAUUAGGUUUCAUUCAAAACGGGAAAUUGUCUAACCUCGCACUAUCUCGAUCUCGUUUCCUUCUUAUUAUAUACGGCAACCCCUACCUACUCCUUUUGGAUCCUCAUUAGCGCACGAUCAUAAAAUACUGCGUCGAUGCUGAUGCCUACCUCGGUUGAGAUUUGCCGGCAAAUUACUUU